AUGUUGGAUGCCCUGCAUGAGGUGAGAUGCCACUUCACAUGGGAUUUACUGAGAGUAGACAUAGACCUGUCUGAUCUAGAAAACAGAAUUCUGAAUGAGAUUGAGUUCCUGGACACAAAAUUCAAUGUGGGAAUUCACAACACAUUGGCCUACGUGAGGCAGGAGAUGGGUCAAAAUGAGCAGGCUUUGGAAAGCUUGAGAAAAGCUGAAGAGUUGAUCCAACAGCUUCCUGAUGAUCAAGCACAGAUAAAAAGCCUUGUGACCUGGGGAAACUAUGCCUGGAUUUACUAUCACAUGGACAGACUCCCUGAAGCCCAGACUUACCUGGAUAAGGUAGAAGCAAGUUGUAAGAGGCUUUCAAGUCCUUUCCACUAUAAAGUAGAACAUCCAGAAAUUGAUUGUGAGGAAGGGUGGGCCCUGCUCAAGUUUACAAACAAGUAUUAUGAGGGGGCCAAAGCUUGUUUCCAAAAAGCCCUGAAAGCAGAGCCUGAGAACCCUGAAUUUAACACCGGAUUUGCAAUUGUCAUGUUUCGUCUAUGUCACAUUGGCCAGAGAGCUGCUUCUAGGAUUUGUCUACAAACACUAAAACGGGCAGUCACACUCAACCCAGAAGAUGCUUACAUUAAGGUUCUCCUUGCACUGAAACUCCAGGACCUUAAGGAAGAGGAGGAAGGAGAAAAGUACCUUCAAGAGGCUUUAAGCAGUAUGUCAUCUCAGUCCUACGUCCUUCGCUAUGCAGCCAAAUUUUACUAUAGACAAGGGUGCCUGAAAAAAGCAUUUCCUCUCUUAGAAACUGCUUUGCAGGACACUCCAUCCUCUGCUGUCCUGCAUUACCAGAUGGGACUUUGUUACAAGAAAAAAAUGAAGCAAAUCAAGAGGGCUACUAACCACCAGCCACGAGGCAGGGAUAGACAAGAUUGUGACGAUGCAAUUCAGUCGGCCAUAUUUCAUUUUAAAACUUCAACAGAGUACAGACCUACAUUUGAGGCAAGUCAUAUAGAACUAGGCGACAUGUAUGCAGAAGCAGGUGAUUUCAACAAAGCAGAAGAAAGCUACCAGAAGGUAUUGAACAUGAAGCACCUUCAAGAUAAUAUUCGGCAAGAAGUCCACUAUCACUAUGGGCACUUUCUGCAGUUUCACAGGGAGUCUGAGGCUGAUGCUCUCACCCAUUACCUUGAAGGCCUAAAAAUAAAUACAGAAAAUAUAAUUACAAAAGACUGUCUUCUAAGUGCUUUGAAGAAGUUAGCAAAAAAGCGUCUUCAGAGAAAUGCAUCAGAUGUGGAGACUUUGAGUCUCCUGGAGUUCAUCAAUAAAAGAAGGGAGAACCAGGAGAGGCCAUACAGCUCUAUGAGAGAGCCCUGGAGUCGGGCUCCUCCCUUCUGA